GAUGUCAUGAGAUUGCGGGGCGUUUCAGUGCUGUGGGGGCAGCUCCAGCUGGCGGCGGAAAGGAACAAAACAAUAUAUUCUUUUUGUGUUAGAAAGGUAUAUUUACUUAAUUUAGUCUUCACUGCUGGCUCUGACUCCUGAUACAGUUGAUUAAGAAACGUGGAGACGAACUGACUUUUUCUACAGUGUUUCAAGAGUCAGAACCAGGGAGGAGACAGGUUUUGAGUACUGCGUUUAAUAGCAAUUACUUGUACCAUUGCAAGGCUGGAAAUAUGUAUACAUCCACACAAGCUCCAUUAUCGGCCAAACUACGGGUGGUGGAUCUGCGCAGCGAUACUGUGACAAAACCCUGCCAGGAAAUGCGCAGAGCCAUGGCUGAGGCAGAGGUUGGAGAUGAUGUCUUUGGAGAGGACCCGACUGUGAAUGAGAUCCAGCGACAGGCUGCUCAGCUCCUGGGAACAGAGGAUGCCCUUUUUGUUACCUCUGGUACAAUGGGAAACCUCAUUUCAGUUAUGUGUCACUGCAAUUUCAGAGGAGCUGAAGCCCUAAUUGGAGAUGAGUCUCACAUUUUUAUGUAUGAGCAGGGUGGCAUAGCACAGAUUGCAGGUGUCUUUUCUCGGCCUGUGCGGACACUGAGUGAUGGGAGCCUGGACCUGCAGGAUUUAGAGAGCAAGAUCCAGCAUGGCUUUCCUGAUGCUCACUUUGGAAAGACCCAGCUCAUCUGCCUGGAAAACAGCCAUAAUCGGAUGGGUGGGCGCGUGCUGCCUUUGUCAUACAUGAAGGAGGUCCGUAGCAUUGCAGACCGUUACCAUCUGAAGAUUCACCUAGAUGGGGCACGACUGCUGAAUGCAGCACAGUACUUAGGGGUGCAGCCAUCUCAGAUUGCACAGUUCUCAGAUUCUGUGUCCCUCUGUUUGUCCAAAGGCUUGGGUGCACCAGUGGGUUCACUGAUUGGUGGUCAGAAAGAAUUUAUUGACAAAGCCCGGCGCAUUAGGAAGUUGCUUGGCGGGGGAAUGCGCCAAGCAGGUGUACUUGCAGCAGCUGGAAUUGUUGCCCUGAAUCGUGCCUUGGAGAAUGUGGCAUUAGACCAUCAGCAUGCCAAAGCAUUUGCACUGGGUGUUCAGGCCAUAGCUUCCCCAGUAUGUACUACUGACCCUGCCACAGUGGAGAGCAACAUGGUUAGGCUGAUGUUAAAUGACAAACUUACAGCAGAGGAGCUGUGUAAGCAACUGGGUGAUGUGAACCAAGUGGAGCAGGACACUAAGCAAGGAGUGAGUGUUUUGGCACUACCAGUGUCCUUACACUGUGUGCGGUUAGUCUGGCACCGGGACAUCUCUGAGCAGGACACAAGGCUGGCACUUGACAAGCUCAAAACCGUUCUCCAGACUUACAGCAAUGAGAAGAUUGAAUAGUGAGGACUGGGCCAUCCUACAUACUGUUUUAAUAUACUAGCCAAAUCAGUUUACUUAGCCAAUCAUGCUUAACCACUCUCAUUUUGCUAUAAUGCAAUGGUAGGGAAAAAAUUGACUGAACUCCUCCAUGGAACUUGAUUAAUGUAAGGUGUACUGUGAAGGAAUUAAUCAAGAAUAAAAUAUCAGAAUCA